AUGGUUUUCCGACGUUGCGCGACGACGAGUCGCAGCCGUCGCAGGGACCGACAGCUGUCGCACAGUCUGCCAGUCGUCGCUUUGGCGCUUCUCGCCUUUGCAAUACGGCCGCUGGAAGGCGCCUCGAGCGGCGCCGGCUUCGUGAAUUCAUGGGCAAAUCAUCUCCUCCGCUACUCCAGCCUCCCUCGCCACGAACAAUCCACUGACGCGUCGCUUCUCCCAUCCUCGUUACAAUCCGCCCCAAUAUCAUCGCACAAGGCACCCGGUUCGUUUCUCCCAUCCGCCCUUCCUUCCGCCUCCGCCGCCAAAUCACGCCGCGCCUCCACCGCCCCCGCGCUCCCCCAGCACCUUCCGCGUUUCCUCCACUCCGCGCAUUCUCAACCAUCCCCCGCCUCCGCCCCCGUGUGGCGCAACCGCGUCACCCUCUCCCGCGUAGCCGCGCUUCCGCCCGCCCCCCCGUCCGCGGGGAGCAGGAGGGUCGAGUUAGAAUCAACGGUGAAGCGCAAGGCGACAACGACUCGGCCAAAAUCCGUGCCGUCCACUUUGGGCGCUGCUGACCGUACGAUGCUGCUGAGUCGGAUGAACGAUGCGCGAGCGUCUGUUUCAGCCACAGCCGUCCCACGCCCAUCCGCCGCACUCCCAAACCUGACCUGGAGCGACACCCUGGCAGGCUCGGCGCAGGCCUGGGCAGCCAAAGAAGCAGGUUCGGUGUGCGCCGGGCCUGUGGACGCGUUCGGCAGCACUCUGUCCCUAUGGUCGCAGCAGCCUGGCAGUGCGUAUGGAGUGAGCUGGUACGGGUUUGAGUCGGCUGCUUCCUCCCCUGCCGGCAGCACUCCCUCUGACGCCCUCACCGCGUGGCUCUACGAGAAGGCCUUCUAUGAUCCCAUACGGAACGAGUGCUCGGACACGGACGACUGUGAGGACUACCGCCAGAUCGUGUGGCGAACCACCACUUCAGUGGGCUGCGGCAUGGUAACGUGCAGCGAGGCCAACGCACCCAUCCCAACGUCACAUGCAACGAGGCCAAUGCACCCAUCCCAACGUCUCUCUUCGUCCUCCUCUGCUACUUCGACCCCCCCGGAAACCUUCCCAACCAACACCCCUGGCUCUCCCCCCCCCUCCCCACCUUCCCCCGCUCCUCCCCCUCCCGCCACCCCUCCCCCUCGCCCACCCCCACCCUCUCCUCGCGCCGCCCCCACUCCCCCCCCACCUCCCCUCCGCGCGCCUCCCCCUAAAGCCUCCUCACCUCCCCCUCCUCCCCCUGUGCGGAGCCCUCCCCCCCGCCUCCCCCCGCCCGCUUCCCCCAGCCCUCCCCCUCCGCGCGCUUCCCCCUUGGGGGUGACCAGCGUGGGGGAGGGGGGGAGGGAGACGCUGCUGCAGGGGAUGAAUGGAGCGAGGCUUGCAGUCCCCUCUGCCAGCCUGUCAGCGCUGACCUGGAGCGACGCCUUGGCCACGUCAGCACAACAAUGGGCAGCCAAUCAGACAGCAUCCCUCUGCUCGGCCCCUCUAGACGCCUUCGGCUCAGCCCUCUCUUUCAGCGCAGCCAUUCCUGUAGCCGCUGCCACCCUCCCCUCUCUGUUUACUGCUGCUACAACCUCUCCUCUGUCGGCUGCUGCCGCUCCUGCCGGCAGCACUCCCUCUGACGCCCUCAGCGCAUGGCUCUCUGAGAAGCAGAAGUACAACUCAGAAGCUGACACGUGCGCAGCAGGGGAGCUCUGCAGCAAUUACCGGCAGAUUGUGUGGAAGGCUGCUACAGCCGUGGGGUGUGGCAUGGUUACUUGUUCAGAGACCCGUGCACCCUCCCCCACCACCCUCUUCACCCUCCUCUGCCUCUUCAACUCCCAAGCCUCCUCCAACCUACACCCUUGGCUCGCCUCCCCUCCCCCUCCUCCCUCUCCGCCCUCCCCUCCUCCAUCCCCCCCUCGCUCUCCCAACCCUCCCCCAUCCCCACCUCCCCCUCGCCGCCCUCCUCCUUCUCCUCCUCUCCGUUCCUCUCCCCCUCCUCCUCCUGCCGCCCGCUCCCCCCCUCCCCGCCCCCCUCCCCCUGUGCUGCGCCCCCCUUCCCCUCCCCCCCCGUCCCCCCCCCCGGCACGAGGGGCGGGUGUGCUAGGGGGAGGGGGGAGGGCGGAGCUGCUGGCGCUUAUCAACAGAGAGAGGUGGGUGGGGUGGGCGGAGUAUUUUGUCUAUUUGUGUGCGUGCAUGGGUGCGUGUGCACUGCAUGGGUGCGUGUGCACUGCAUGGGUGCGUGUGCACUGCAUGGGUGCGUGUGCACUGCAUGGGUGCGUGUGCACUGCAUGGGUGCGUGUGCACUGCAUGGGUGCGUGUGCACUGCAUGGGUGCGUGUGCACUGCAUGGGUGCGUGUGCACUGCAUGGGUGCGUGUGCACUGCAUGGGUGCGUGUGCACUGCAUGGGUGCGUGUGCACUGCAUGGGUGCGUGUGCACUGCAUGGGUGCGUGUGCACUGCAUGGGUGCACGUGCACUGCAUGGGUGCAUGUGCACUGCAUGGGUGCGUGUGCACUGCAUGGGUGCGUGUGCACUGCAUGGGUGCAUGUGCACUGCAUGGGUGCGUGUGCACUGCAUGGGUGCGUGUGCACUGCAUGGGUGCGUGUGCACUGCAUGGGUGCGUGUGCACUGCAUGGGUGCGUGUGCACUGCAUGGGUGCGUGUGCACUGCAUGGGUGCGUGUGCACUGCAUGGGUGCGUGUGCACUGCAUGGGUGCGUGUGCACUGCAUGGGUGCGUGUGCACUGCAUGGGUGCGUGUGCACUGCAUGGGUGCGUGUGCACUGCAUGGGUGCGUGUGCACUGCAUGGGUGCGUGUGCACUGCAUGGGUGCGUGUGCACUGCAUGGGUGCGUGUGCACUGCAUGGGUGCGUGUGCACUGCAUGGGUGCGUGUGCACUGCAUGGGUGCGUGUGCACUGCAUGGGUGCGUGUGCACUGCAUGGGUGCAUGUGCACUGCAUGGGUGCGUGUGCACUGCAUGGGUGCGUGUGCACUGCAUGGGUGCAUGUGCACUGCAUGGGGCGCCUGCCAGCCUGUCAGCGCUGACCUGGAGCGAUGCCUUGGCCACGUCAGCGCAGCAGUGGGCGGCCAAUCAGACCGCAGCACUGUGCUCUGCCCCUCUAGAUGCCUUCGGCUCGCUUCUCCCUCGAGCCGCUACAACCGUACCUACAGCCGUGGCUUGGGGUGUGAGCUGGUACGGGUUUGAGUCGGCUGCUGCCUCACCUGAAGGCAGCGCUCCCUCUGACGCCAUCAGUGCAUGGCUCUAUGAAAAGCAGAACUACGAUCCAACCACCAAGACCUGCUCCCCUUUUGAUUCGUGUGACAACUACCGUCAGAUCGUCGGCAUCACAACCACAGCUGUCGGAUGUGGAACGAUUUCCUGCCUUGAGUCCAAAGCACCCAUCCCCACCACUCUCUACAUCCUCAUGUGCCACUUCGACCCCCCUGGUUACACGCUAACCACCCGCCGCCGCUUCUAG